AUGGCAGACUCGCAGUACAAGUUCCCUACCUUCGACGAGCUCCCGAAGGUAGAAGGCGAGCCUCAAGGGUGCAUAUGGGGUUUCUUCGACAAAGAUGGAAAGAAGGACGAGUGUGGAACUCUCAAUCUGCUCACACCAUCCGUCGUACAAGCCGCCUCGCGCGAGAUUCAAUCCGGCGAGCACAUCCAGCUCGACUGGCCGCUCCACAACGUCCAAUUCCCCGGCUUUAACCGCAAAGAGUUCAGCCAGAAGAAGAUCGAUCUGGACGCUUUGCUCGGUUUUAAAGCCAUGGACGAUGAACUGUAUAUUAAUACGCAAUCGGGCAGUCAGUGGGAUAGCUUGAAGCACUUUGCGCAUCAGAAGACGGGGAAAUAUUACAAUGGGCUGACGCACGAGCAAGCGGUGAAAUCAGACACGAAUGGCAUACACAACUGGUGCGAGAGAGGCGGCAUUGUUGGAAGGGGCGUGCUGGUAGAUUGGCUGGGGUGGUAUGAGGGGCACAAGGGAAUGGCGCCGAGUCCAGUCACGAGACAUGAGAUCCUGGUAGAUGAGCUCGACGCGGCUCUGAAGUGGCAGGGAACUACGACGCGGCCUGGAGAUAUCUUGCUGAUUAGGAGUGGCUAUGUGCGGUGGCAUAACGAUGCUUCUGAGGCUGAAAGAAAGAAGGGCACUCAGGAUAAUAGCAUUGCAAUUGGCUUGCAAGGAAGCGAAACGUCAGUGCGCUGGCUGUACGACCACCACUUUGCCGCGGUCGUGGGAGAUACCGUCGCUUUCGAAGCGUGGCCGCCGAAGAUCGCAGAAGGAUGGUGCCUGCAUGAGUGGCUUCUUGUUCAAUGGGGCUCUCCGAUUGGAGAAAUGUGGGAUCUAGAGAAGCUGGCCGCGGUGUGCAAGCAGAAGAAGCGGUAUACGUUCUUCCUGACCAGCGCGCCGCUACACGUCAAGGGAGGUAUCGGAAGUCCGCCGGGUGCAAUUGCUAUUUUCUAG